AUAAUUUCUACCGCUUUGUUUGCUCAAAGGGAAAGACUCACACGGAACCUACAAACACGGUUUAUCGAAAUUAAUUCACAUUUUAGUUUUAGAAGCACCUACAAUGAGACACCAUUUAGUGGUGAAAUUAAUUCAUCAUCACGAAGUAGUCAGGAAGCAUUUGUGAAACGUUUCGAGCACAUCGUUAGCUUUUUCACGCGAAGAAUCGAAAAGUAAAAAUAUUUUCCAUAUUUUGAAACAAUACAUUGCAAUAGGUAUGACUCAUUUAACACAACACUAGUUUAUACUUCGCAGAUUUACGCUAAAUGAUUCGAUUAGACAUUAACUUCAUCAUCGAAGCGUAUCUUCUAAACGCUGGAAUAAUAACAAAUAAGAAAUACGCGAAGUACGAACCUUAUUUACUGAUUGCAUUAGCAAUCAAUGCACUUAUUUAUAUCGGUUUCGUGUCUCACGCUUUACUCAAUACACAAAUAAGUAGAGAUCGAAUUCUGCUUGCAUGUUAUUUGGUUGGAGUAUCCACGUAUUACGUACUGCAAUACAUUACUCGAAUAAAUAAACCUAGAUUGAUGUACCUAAUAAAUGAGCUUCGACGAAACCUCAGUGGUGAAACAAUCAUCAGCACUUCCACCAGAAGAAUAAUGCAGAAAAAAUUCAAACCUAUAUUGAAAGCUUUGCUCACAGUCACGGCGAGUAUCUUCUCUGCUCCUGCGAUAAGCUUUUUCUUAACUGACAAGAACAGGCCGAAUGAUCCGAAUUUUUUCCUAUUAAUGAACUCGAUUACAUUUUGGAAAGUCAAUUCCGGUCUUGGAGUUAUUAUCAAGAAUUUGUUUCAUAUUUGGUUGACGGUACCGGGCACAUUUUGUUAUCUAUGCUCAACAGUGCUAAUUGCAUAUAUCACUUCUAAUUUGGAAGCUCACAUUGAUCAAAUUCAAAUUAAAUUUCAAAGUAUGUUUCAAGAAAAUCCACUUCAUUCAGAAAUUACGUCGAAGCAGCGUGACGAAUUGUUAAAAAAUGAAGUUAGAUCCAUGAUAGAACGUCUUCAAUAUCUGUACAAGUAUUCAAAAACUUUAACCGGUUAUGUCGAGUGGACUGCUCAUACAUGUUUAUUUUGGUUCAUGGAUGGAUUGAUUUUAAUUUUGCAUGUUUUAAUUCAUCUAGAUGACUUUGAUUUAGCGGUGUUCUCGAAAAAUAUAGCGAUUCUCGGAUUAGUAUUAUUACAAUUUUACAUCUGCUGUAACAUCACCGAAUCUCUCAGCCAUCUGAAUGAAAAUCUUUUGUUCGCAAUGUACAACUCAGAUUGGCAUCAAAUAUCGCCAGAGAUUCGAAAAACAUUGCUCACGAUGAUGAUUCAUUGGCAAAAUCCAUUAGAAAUCCGACUGUUUAACAUGUACAUCACAAAUAUGGGAUUAUUCGGCAGAUGUUUCCGGAUCAUAUACUCUGUCUUGAAUGUAACAUCACGCGUGUUUCGAAGAUAACUACGGAUCGUAAUUUCCGGUAAAUCAUACCAAUUCGUUAAAAUAAUCUGCAUCAUGAAAUACAGUUUCGUAUCUUCUUUGUUUCAUCAUUCACGUAAUCUGAUCAAAUAUUUACUUAUU